GGGAGGGGGCGGGGGAGAGAGGGCAUGAUUAUUUCACAAGAUGUUUGGUGAAUGAAAAUGGGAAAAAUGUGAAAAUGUUGUUAUUUUCUUUUAUUAACAAAAUAAGUAAAACAACUGAAAAAAAGUUUAAACAUAUCAUACACGGAUAAAUACACAUUUUUAACACUCUUUCAACAGUUUAUAAACGGUCUUCGAUAGCGAAAGUUUGUCUAUAAAGAAAACUGCUUGGAAGUCUUUUCUAACUCUUCUGUGCCAAAAGUUUCCUGUCUCCGUGACAGUAUUGAGAAAUCUGCAUGUUAGCUUCAAAUUAUAGAGGUCCGAUAGUUCCAGACUGUCUGUGAUUUUUAGCAGCACUUCCUCUGGAAGCUGUCUGAGUCAACUUCCGCCGUCUUCCAUGUCCGCCAGUUCUGCGUCCGAGGCGGCACUCCCCCAGGCGUUCUGAUCCCCCUCUUGGUCUGCGUCGUCGUCGUCGGUGAAAAAUGGCUGUGCGUCUUGGAGAUGGUCGUCCUCUAUCUCUACAUCCAUAUCUGAAUCCGAGUCGGGAAACCUUUGAGUUACAAAGAUACCCUCGUCAUCCGACGACGACGACGAAUCCGACGAUGCCUCAUUUUCCGACGACGAAUAGUUCAACGUGCGACGCAGACGAUGCAAUGGUGGUAGCCUCGGAGUAUCGUCUUCGUCUGAAGAAAUUACAUAAACCCGUUGCGACCGUCCUUCCGGUGCCCCUGGUGGAGAUGGCCGAUGCUCGGCUGGCAGAAGUGAGGCAGAUGCUCUAGAAGGCGUGCAGUAAGUCGCGCCGGCGUCGGAGGCCCGAUUUAAAAUCGACUCCCGGGCCUCAAUCAGGAGUGGGAUGGCUGCUGUGAGGUUCAGUAUGGCAGUCAUGCUCAGUUCUGUCUGCGCACCCGACCGAAGGUCCGUAACCAUGCCAGUCACGACUCCGGCGUCCGUUGUAUCUAUCUCCAGAUGGGUGUGGUCGUCGAGCCGAACGUUUCCAUGUCCUCCCCUGGAUGCCAUGACUCUUAAGUGUUUAGUGUUGAGUGUUAAGUGUUUGUUUUAGUUGUAAGUUUUUGAGCAGCCGAGUGAGUUGAGUUUUCGCCGGAAGUGGUGUAAAGAACGUCUCGACUGAUGAAUGAAAAGCAAUUAAUUGACAGUGAAAAUCGCAGGGGUUUUAAGUGAGUGUGAGGCUGCGGAGGUGUGGCAUUGUUGCUGUUAUUUCUUAUCUGCAUCCAUCAUAAGACAGAAAUGCCCCUAAGAAUCCACGCUGCGUUUUGAUUAUAGGACAAUGCGCCUAAGAAUACACGCUGUGUUUGAUUAUUAUUUCUUAUUUACAUUAACAAACAAAGACAAUGCCCGUACGGAUAUGCGCGCGUGUCAAUAAGAGAGAAAGUCCUUAUCUGAUGAAACAAAUAUUAUAUUUCAUCGAGGCGCACACGUGCGCCGUCUCAGGAAGCGAUAAUUAAUAUCUAUAUCUAUCUUUCUAUAUAGAAAUAAGUUCUGUGCAAAAAAAUUCCCCCCCCUUUAAAAUGACCGUGGCUGCAAAAUUUUCUGUUAUGAACAUACAGCACAUUCAUUUCUUGUUAAGGUGUCCGAUCCACAGAUGUUUAAGCAAGUUCCACGUGGCAUGCAGUGCUAUUAAAGCAUAUUAAAAUUUAAAGCCCGAUAAGUUCACAUAAUUUCGCUACAUCGUUUGAAAGUGUGUUGUCUACUGAAAAAAAUAAAAUAAAAAUUACACGACAAAAUAUGUUCAAAUGACACCAGAAAAUUGUGGGGCUAACCAGGCAUCAAAUUUUACCUAUUUGUGGAUCGGAUACCUUAAGUCCUAUUUCUGAUAAUUACUUUCUUCAACAUUUGUCAAAGAUUUGAAUAUUGCUGAAUAUGCUGGAAUGUUUUGUUGUUUUUAUUACCUCCCUUUAUGACUCUUACUAUUACAGUUCCUGGGCAAUAUUAUUAUUAAAAGUGGCGCUUUUACAACUAUGUAAGUACGCUGACGUCUGUUUUUAAAAUAGAAAUUCAAAGCAUUAUGGACCUUUAACAGAAAUGAUUUUUUUGGCGUCGGCUAUCAAAGGCACUUUAAUUACUGUCAUGUUGUUGUUGUUGUUUACACACAGUCUGCUGGUUAGUUACCGAUAUACCCCGCUGCUCAAAUGCCACGCUGUUUUCGAUUGUAUCUUGUCCAUGCUUAUAAUCUUGUUUACUCUUACAAUAACAAAGACAAUGCCCUUGGAAUAUUUGUCGAUAAGGGAGAACGUCCUUAUCUGAUGAAACGAACAUUAUCAUAUUACGUUUAUUCACACAAGAAGCGAGCGAUAAUUAAUAUCUAACUAUACAAAAAAAAAAAAACAAUUCAAAAAUAAAAAAAAACUGAUUUCUGUGCACAUUUUCUCCGUAAAAUGACUACCAGCAGCAGUAGGUGUUAUCUGUGUGACUGCAUGAAAAAAGCAACAGACUUAGAACUGAAAAUGGCAAACGAUAAAUACUUGAAGUAUGUACAUAUUCCUACUAUAGACUUUUACGCUCCCGGAAUGGAAGAAUUGAGGGAGCAAUGUACUUUGUGCGGUGUCAUCGUAAUCAGACCAAAUGCAAGGGCAUUUUCAAGAUGCGGACAUCUGUGCUGUUUGAAGUGUUACUUUUUGGCCAAACAUACGGCUUUGCGUUGUUUCUGCUGGACUGAAAAUCAUUACAAUGUCGGUUGGAAUCGGACAGCCGCACAGGCACCAAAGGAAGAAUGAAUGAAUGAAUGAAUGAAUGAAUGAAUGUAUGAAUGAAUGAAUGAAUAUGAAUAUGAAUAACUGUAAAAGGUCUUCCAUCACUGUUAGUUUUAAAAGCUCGUAAAGUCUUUUAUUAAAAUGUGCCUGCCGCGUUUUCUGUUAUGAAUACAUUCAUUUCUUGUUAAAUCCUAUUUCUUAUAAUUACUUUCUUCAACAUUUGUCAAAGAUUUGAAUAUUGCUGAAUAUACUAGACUGUUUUAUUGAAUCUAUUGUUAUUAUUAUUACCUCCCCUUUACGACUUUAUGGCCGUUGCUCAUAUGCCACGCUGUUUUGAUUGUAUCCUGUUCAGUUUACAAUGAACAAAGACAAUGCCCUUAAGUGUAUAUUUGUCAAUAAGGGAGAACGUCCUUAUCUGAUGUAAAACCAAUAUCACUUGCAUAAGGUCAAAGAUGCCCUGAAGAAGUUUUUUUCUGGGCAUCUGAUAAGCGCGCAUCUAAACACCUUUAGAAGUGGCACAAAUUUUGCCAAUUAAUGUCAUUGUUGAACCAAAAUAGAAAAAACAUGGGUUGUUACGUCGUCCAACAGAAAAGCCAUAAAAAAGCACAAUAUGAUUUUUUUUUGUUUUCAUUACAUGCGAGUAUUCAAGUAAUAUAUAUCUAUAUCAAAAUUAUCAAAAUGCGAUUUCUGCCGCGACAUAUUUUUCUAAACCAUGUUCUGGAAAAGGAAAGCAAAACCACAUUUAACAGUGAGGAGGUGGCUCUGAGCACCAUUACAGAGACGCUGCAAGAAAGCCGGAUUGUUAAACGCAGUUUUUACGGAAGAGUGUUAAUUGAAAAAAAGUUUGAUUAUUGCAUCGGGUAUCAGGGAGGCAGAGACCUCUUCUGUUGUCGGGUCGUUUUGAACCCAUUAACUAAUAACGUCAUAACCGCGUACCCAGUGACGUCCUGGAAGUUUUCCAGAAAAUAACAUUUAUGAUAAUAGGAUUAUUUCAUUUUUAUUUUUUUUUUUUGUUGUUGUUUGUUGUUGUUGUUGAACGUCAUUGCAUCACCUGAUACAGUAAGAAGGGGCGUUUUGUGAGUUACUACGCACGCGCACAUCUUCGGAUACAUAUGUAUAUAAGUGCUUCUGCUUGUUGAGAGCGUUGCUAUUGUUCAAGUUUCAAGUGACAAGAUGAACGACGACGACAGAUACAUAACUUCGUUCCUCUUUCCGACCGAAAGGACUGCUUUCGUACCAGACACGAAUUCCGUGAAUGAGGAGAAACGUCGUUUGGAAAAGUCGCUCGUCAGUGGAGCUUUUCAGUGUCCAAAAUGCUUAAAAACUUUUUCAAGAUCUAGCAAUCUGGUGAGACACCAGGCUACAGUCGCGUGUGACCCGGAUGUGACCAGCCAACAAGCAAGUCUACAGUGCGAAAAGUGUCUCAAAACUUUUACUAAAGCCAGCAACCUGAAAAGACACCAGGCUGGAGCUGGUUGUGAGCCGGGUGUGAGCCUACAGUGCGAAAAGUGUCUCAGAACUUUUACUCUAGCCAGCAAGCUGAAAAGACACCAGGCUGGAGCUGGUUGUGAGCCGGGUGUGAGCCAACAAGCAAGUCUACAGUGCGAAAAGUGUCUCAAAACUUUUACUAAAGCCGGCAACAUGAAGAGACACGGAGCUGGCACCUGCAACGGUGUUUCAACAGCAAGAGCGACAUUCCCCUGUCACCUAUGCAGCAAAACGUUCGCGUCAUCUCGUUUUCUAGACAGACAUAUCAGAAAUAAACAUUCGAACAAGUGUCCCCACUGCGGGAAAUGUUUUGACACGAAGGACAAUCUGGCUAAACACGCAAGAAAACAUUUAAACAAAGAGUAUUUAACAGUUCAUCAGGCACGGACGCUGAGAAAAAUUGCAGGCAAAUCUGCCACCGUGUCUGCUGCGCAAAGAAGAUCCACCUGCACAGGGUCCGUGGCAGGUCCGUCAGGAUGUGACCACCAAUCUCCUGAACAAAAUCACCCAGCUUUCAGACAGUCAAUUAAACGUAUCCACGGCAACGCAGGUGUCGUUUUCACCAUAAAACCAUCUGGCGCGGAAAAACAUUCUCUGCUAGAAAUGUUUUCUGGCAAAAGAUCACAUUUUAACUGGAACCUCACUGAACAGCUAAACAGAUGGACGAACACGCGCUGGUACAUGGCGGUGAAUGCCCGGAUGUUGCGUUUUGACAGCGAGGGUAACAUAAGAGACGAAGAGAGGCCCACAUUCCGUUCUCAAGCGCAGGUGUUGCUGACAGCAGACGACAUCAGCAGUCAGAUCGACUUGGCCUUCUUCAAGAUUAACUCUUCUCUUGAAACUUUCUGUUGUCUCACUUUAAGAGACAAAAGCAAGUACACUUUACACUACAGGAACUUGCAGUUUUACGUCAGACACGGCCUCCGGGUGACGAGGGUGCACAGGGUCCUGACAUUUACUCAGGUGCCAUUCCUAGAAAACUUCAUGAAACACUGUUCCGAACAGAGAAUGUCGGCACGUGCGCCAUUGUACAGAAAAAUGUGGAAAAACAUCAGUAAUCUCGUAGCAGGAAAAAGCUAUGAGAAUCCCAGAAACUAUACUGAUGUGAGGAUAUGCACGAGCAGUGAAAGUGUGAAGAGGUACGUGUCAAAAACAACAUUCGACUGCCUGCGCGUGUUUCACGAAAAUCUGACAGCGGUGCAACUGCACCGCCCAAUUGUGAUGCUCUCAAAGCCAAUAACAGUAGGAUUCUGUGUCUUAGAACUAUCAAAACUCGCGGUGUAUUCAUUUUACUACGAUUUCGUCAAGACAGAUUUAGCAAAGGGGGGUAAGGUUGCCUUCCUUUCGGGGGACACCGACUCAUUCGUGAUAAAGACAACCGGCGUUUCUGACCUUGACGACAGGUACAAGAAAGCUAUGCAUUUAUUCGAUUUUUCAAAUUUGCCCGAAACUCACCCGCUUAAAAGUGAUCACAACCGAAUGGUUCCAGGAAAGCUAAAAUUUGAACUACCCGGGCAUGUCUGCUGUGAAUUUGUGGCUCUGAGUCCUAAAUGUUACUCCAUGCAAACGGACAAAGGAUUUAAACAAGCGAGGAAAGGUUGCUCCAGGGAACUGCGGCACGAGCUUUACAAAGAGUGUCUAGUUUCCGGCUCUUGUCACCAGACGAAUGUUAAAGAAAUAAGACACUAUGGUCAAAAACUCUAUCAGGUAUCGGUUACAAAAAAGGUCUUAAAUGUACUCGAUACGAAAAGAUACCACUUUAAUGCUGUCGAUUCAGUAAGUUUUGGGCACUGUUCCCUCGGCAAUGAACAUUCCUGAGACUGUGAACCAUUGAUUGUAGCGUUAAAACUCGAGGAACUGACAGACAGACAGACAGCAAAAUCAAAAAGUUUCUUUCAUGUUUUAUUAAGACAAUA